GUCAAGUAGCCUUUUCUCCGCAUGAUACAGCUCGAAAAGUUCUGACACCUACAGCGAUGAGCGACCAAGACAGUAAUAAUAUCAUACUGCCUGAUCUGAGUGACUUUCUUCAAAAAGACCCGUACUUGAGACCAUACGAAGGAGACGUUCGGAGGAGGUACAGGCUGUUUGAAGAGCGUCUUGCUCAGUUGGAGGAGGCAGAGGGAGACUUUGAUCAGUUCACUCGGAGCUACCAGUCAUUUGGAGUACAUCGUAAAUCCAACAACGGUCUUCUCUUUAAAGAGUGGGCCCCGGAAGCACAGGCCUUAUACCUAACUGGAGAUUUUAAUUCCUGGGACAAACUUUCUCAUCCGUUCACAAAGAAAGAGUUUGGGAAGUGGGAACUAUACCUCCCUCCGAAGCACGAUAAAUCUCCAGCCAUUAAACACGAGUCCAAGCUGAAGCUUGUCGUAUUAACCAAAGAUGCUGAAUACCUGUUUCGGAUCUCUCCUUGGGCGAAGUAUGUCACAAAGAGACUGGACUCAGUCACCUAUGACUGGACACACUGGGACCCUCCCCAUCCUUACCUGCACCAACACCCCCGCCCCCCCAAGCCACGGAGCCUCCGCAUCUACGAGGCGCACGUGGGAAUAGCUUCACCUGAGGAGAAGAUUGCCUCCUACCAAAACUUCACCCUCAACGUACUUCCCCGUGUUAAGGACUUAGGCUAUAACUGCAUUCAGCUCAUGGCUGUAAUGGAGCACGCUUAUUAUGCUAGCUUUGGAUACCAAAUCACCAACUUCUUCGCUGCAUCCAGUCGUUUUGGGACCCCUGAGGAGCUGAAAAGGCUGGUGGAUGUGGCACACUCCCUCGGCAUCACCGUCCUCCUAGACGUGGUCCACAGUCACGCGUCCAGCAACACGGCCGACGGCCUUAACCAGUUUGACGGCUCGGAUUCCUGCUUCUUCCACGGCGGUUCCCGUGGCAACCAUUCCCACUGGGGCAGUCGACUCUUCAACUACUCCAGUUGGGAAGUGAUGCGUUUUCUUCUCUCCAACCUGCGCUGGUGGAUGGAGGAGUAUCGUUUCGAUGGUUUCAGGUUUGACGGUGUGACAUCUAUGCUCUAUCAACAUCACGGCAUAGGCAUGUCAUUCUGCGGUAACUACAGCGAAUAUUUUGGUAUGCACGUGGACGAAGACGCGGUCGUGCAACUUAUGCUGUCCAAUCACAUUCUUCAUACGCUCUACCCAGGAUGCAUCACCAUAGCAGAGGAUGUGUCAGGGAUGCCAGGCUUGUGCAGGUCCAUUUGUGAGGGGGGCCUGGGCUUUGACUAUCGUCUGGCCAUGGCCGUACCAGACAAGUGGAUUCAGAUUUUGAAAGAAUUGAGGGACGAGGACUGGUAUAUGGGAGACAUCGUCCACACGCUGACCAAUCGGCGACAAGGGGAGAGAUCCAUAGCCUAUGCUGAGAGUCACGACCAGGCGUUGGUCGGGGACAAAUCCCUCGCUUUCUGGUUGAUGGACAAGGAGAUGUACACCAACAUGAGUGCGCUCGUCCCCAUGACGACCGUCAUCGACCGGGGCAUCCAACUUCACAAGAUGAUCCGACUUCUCACCCACAGCCUGGGCGGGGAGGGCUACCUCAACUUUAUGGGCAAUGAGUUUGGUCAUCCAGAAUGGCUGGAUUUUCCCAGAAAAGGAAACUGUGAGAGUUACCGCUAUGCCCGUCGGCAGUAUAACCUUGUGGAUGUGGAGCAUCUGCGAUAUCGUCAGCUUUAUGCAUUUGACCGUGAUAUGAACCGCACCGAGGACUACUUCGGUUGGCUAGCUGCUCCUCAGGCAGUGGUUACGACCACAGAUGAGAAAGACAAAAUCGUUGUGUUUGAGCGAGCCAACUUGAUUUUCAUCUUCAAUUUCCAUCCCAGCUGUAGCUACAAUGACUACCGAGUCGCUGUGGAACUGCCAGGAAAAUAUACCAUUAGACUGAACUCGGAUGACCCGCAGUACGGCGGCCAUGGGAGAAUCCAGUUUGGCACCGAAUUCUUCACAGAGCCCAUGGCCUUUAAGAAUAGAUCUCAUUCGUUCCAGGUCUACAUUCCCUGCAGGACUGCUCUAGUGCUGGCCAAUGACGAGAUUGAUUACUGUCAUUAAAGAGUGGGAGGGCUAGCAAACAGGGCCCCCGGACCAAGCUGCAGUUAGCUACCAUCGCAUCCUGAGCUUUAAACGUUGACAUCAUGGAGGUUAACACUGUGCAGCAAAACACCACCUACACACCUUCAACUGCUUCAAUCUUUGAAUCAUUUGAGGUUGUCUCUAUCAUACAAAAGAGCGUUAGAGACAGAGAAUUGUUGGUUACACUAUACGUGACUAUCUCUGGUUUGCUCAUUUUAAGUUGGCUAACUGCUAAGAUAGCAUAAACCUCCAAAUGUUUCAAGUAAAUGUGCUACACUUAAAGAAAAUCUAAGGUUAGAAAAAAAAAUUGAGAGGCUUUUAAAGAUUGCAGUAAUGAUAAUUUUAAUCUUUCUGGCUCUUUCUUGACCUAAAACAUCUCGCUCACUCUCACUCUCUUUCUCUCUCUCUCUCUCUCUCUCUCCCUCUCCGCCUACUUCCAUUACUUCCAGUCACCUUUACCUUAUUUCAAUUAACUUUAAAAAGCCUGUAUCAGAAGGUGUGAUUCAUUGAUCCAUUUAACAGUUUUGCAGAAUGGGGUGACGUGCUGGUCAGAUCAGAUUGUUUUAGCGUUUGAAGCUCCAGGGUUCAGAAGACGAAUGAAUCCAAUCCCUGGAGGAAGCAAAUGCCUCCAUCAGUAAUCCACAGGGACAUAACGCCAGACAGUUACUGUCACAUAGCUGGAGAAUCUCCUACUUAAUCGCUUUAAUGACCAAUUAUAAUUUCCUCUCUAAUGAAGUUAAUUACAUUAAAGCUAGCUUAAUCUAUUGCAGCACUUAAAAAUUUUUACCCAUUGCCUUCAACUCGGCUUCAGCUAUACGAUAAUACUCUUGUAUUUUAGCACAGCUGGCUUGUGAAUGCUGAGAUAGUUUGUAAUUCAUGAUUAUUCUCCAGUCAUGUCAUGUUCAGUCAAGUAGAGAGAAGCGUUAUAAAAUUCAGUCUUUUUUUUGUUUUGUUUUGUAAUUCUCCUUUUGUGUUUACGCUGGUGUAGUACAGUUACAGAAACAAUACUCUGCUAAAUAAAAGAAAAGGAACUGA